GCAUAGUAAGCUCUCAACAAAUGCUUGUGGAAUUCAUAGGUCUAAUUCUCCAAAUGGUAGAAUGUGAAGCCCUUGGAAAUAUGAUAUUGAGCUAUAGAGAUUGCCACUCUUCUCUGCAUGGGGAAUGAAGAUAAUUCCAUACCUAUCCUAUAGAAAGAGACCAGGUUCGCAGCCAGUUAUAUUGGCCAUUAGUGCAAAUUCAAAUACUUCUCUGUCUCUCAUCGUUUUGUGGAAACGCACUAGAGCUUGCGACAUUGUAGACAAAGAAUCUUUUCCUUGUCUAGAAAAGAGGUGGGAGAAAAUGGAAGUGUUUUUCUUCCCUAAGCAAGCCCUCAGAGAAUUACAGUUAUCUCACAAGAGGGAAGAAUGAAACAACCUAUCAAUGACCUGUAAGUUGCCUCCUUCAUGCUAAGUUUCUCACGCACUUUGAAAAUUGUGAAAUUCAUUUCACGGUAAUUUAUCUUACCCAUUUCAAAGGAAACCCAUAUGGAAGACUAGCCUCAAUAAGAAAGGAAGUAGUUUUACUAUUUUCUGCUGAAUUUUAGUAGAACAGAAAGGAUGUUCUCAGCCUAUGAAUUUACAUAUACAAAUAGAAAUACUUUACUUGGUAUAAAAAGACAUUUAGUCACAAAAAAAGUUUUGACAAAAAUGUACUUUUCAGAGUUCCCAUUUUGUUAUCCUUAGCAUUUGCUAACCUUUCACUUUUGGAGAUUAGUGUCUGCAGAUCUUUAUCCCAUAUACAUUUAUUAGGUACUUCCACGUAACAGGCUUUGACCCAGCUCAUUCUGAAAUUUUGAAUUUGAGUUGAAUAUAUCUCUCUACUUCCUAAACAGUUUUAUUCAUUUAGUUUUAAAUGUUAUUUUUGAUUCCUUUAACAAAGGAGUCUGAACUAGAAUAUGGAAGUGGAUUUUUAGAAAAACACCUGUUCUGUUAUCUAACUUGUAUCUCACCACUAAUAUAAUAGCAAUGAUUUGAGGCUAUUUCAAUAAACACACUCACACCCACACACAAUAAUGGCUUCCUUAAAUGUAUCUGUAACAUAAUCAGUAACUAUUUUUCAGACUCUGAGAGUAGGGAUUAAUUUCUUAUGAACUCACAGCCAUGUGUAUGUACAUACAUUGUUAUAUACACUAUGCAUUUAAAAUAGUCAUAUGAAUAAUUGACAACAAGCAACCACAUUUAACAUGAUUAUUCUCAGAGUUGUAUAAGGGUGAAAAAAUACUUUGCAUUCAUGAAGUGUAUUUAAUACAUUCAAAGUCCAUUAGAAGCUGGUUUUGCUGACAAAAGAACCAGCCAAGUCGUCAGUAAAGAAGGAUUGGCCAGUGUGUAUUUAUAUGUGGAUGAGGGAGGACCUGACAUAGUCAGAAUCCUCCUUAUUUUUUGUCCCAACUAUAAUCAACUGUGCUCUAAGAUUCUCAGGAGCUUUCUUGCUUGUCUUUCUAGGGUAUCAAGGGACAUGAGAAAUGGGACGGUAAUCACAGAAUUCAUCCUCCUAGGCUUUCCUGUUAUCCAAGGCCUACAAACACCUCUCUUUAUAGCAAUAUUUCUCAUCUACAUAUUAACCCUUACAGGCAAUGGGCUUAUUAUUGCCAUUGUGUGGGCUGUGCCCAGGCUACAGAUUCCAAUGUACUUCUUCCUUUGUAAUUUGUCUUUCCUAGAGAUCUGGUACACCACCACAGUCAUCCCCAAACUGCUAGAAACCUUUGUAGUGGUAAGAACGGUAAUCUGCAUUUCCUGCUGCCUGCUGCAGGCCUUCUUCCACUUCUUCCUGGGCACCACCGAGUUCUCGAUCCUCACUAUCAUGUCUUUUGACCGCUACCUGGCCAUCUGCAAGCCCCUUCGCUACCCCACCAUCAUGACCAGCAAACUCUGCCUGCAGCUGGCCCUGAGCUCCUGGGUGGUGGGCUUCACCACUGUCUUUUGUCAGAUGAUGCUGCUCAUCCAGUUGCCGUUCUGCGGCAAUAAUGUUAUCAAUCAUUUCUACUGUGAUGUUGGACCCAUUUUGAAAGCCGCCUGCAUAGACACCAGCAUUUUGGAACUCCUGGGUGUCCUGGCAACUGUCCUUGUGAUCCCAGGGUCACUUCUCUUUAAUAUGAUUUCUUAUAUCUACAUUCUGUUCACAAUCCUACGGAUUCCUUCAGCCACGGGCCGCCAGAAGGCCUUCUCUACCUGUGCCUCGCACCUGACAGUUGUAUCCCUGCUCUAUGGGGCUGUUCUGUUCAUGUACCUAAGACCUACAGCACACUCCUCCUUUAAGAUUAAUAAGGUGGUGUCUGUGCUAAAUACUAUCCUCACCCCGCUUCUGACUCCCUUUAUUUAUACCAUUAGAAACAAGGAGGUGAAGGGAGCCUUAAGAAAGGCAAUGACUUGCCCAAAGACUGGUCAUGCAAAGUAAAACAUGCAACACAUCAAAAUGAGCGUAAUGCAGAUAAAAAACAAUUAAAGUUGAGUGAGGAUUUUGGAGAAGUUUGGUAAAACAGGC